AUGUUUCAGUCGCUUCAGUGUAACUUUCAAAAAUAUAUUUAGACCCCUCAUUGGUGUUGGAUCGAAGGUGAUUGUCGAGAUAUCAAACUCAAGUAUUCAUCAUAUCUCAUCUGCAUUCGAAAGCAUAGCAUAUGUUAUUUCCCCAAACUCAGUUUUGUCGUUUGUUGACUGCAACUUUUAUAGCAACUCAGCAAUUUCUGGAGGGGUGUUUCAAAUAAACUCAAAAAGUUCUAUAACUUGACACAGAUGCAAUAUUACUGACAACUUUGCAUUCAGUGGAGGAGUUAUUUCCUCAUCACUUGGUGGCAGCUUCAUGUUUACUGAUUCGUUUAUCAGUCACAAUUAUGCUUUUGCAACACCCAUUGCUGUAAUCUCAGAAUCAGACGAAAGCUCUGUGAUCAGUAACUGAAACAUUUCUGAGAACUUCAGAGUAUCCGAGGAUUAUAUCAAGAAUGAACACUUGAUGCAGAAUCAUAUCCCUUCAUCUUUUAGAGAGUAUGUUAAUGAUCAUUCCGAACUAUUUCUACAAUCUGAGUCAUCUUCGAUGUUCAGUUUGAUGGCUGCUGAACUCACGAUCAACAAUGAGACCAGGAUUAUGAAUCAAUCCAACAUAGUUUCAUCAAUAAAUUCUAAUAUUAAUAUUCAGCAGAUGAUCAUAUUGAAUGGAGAGCCUGAUACUGCUUUGUUCAGGUUUAUCGAAAGCAACGUUACUGUUGAAAAAUUAGAAGUGGACGGAACUACUCAGAGAAAAGAUACUAAUAGUUUCAUAUUUAGCCUGAUAGACUCUCAAUUUACAUUCAUAAAUUCUAGAAUCUAUAACAUUGGACUCCCGAUUAUUUCCUCUACACUAUCAAAUACUGAAAUAAGCAAUCUCACAAUUGAUUCAGUAAACUCUACAAGAUCUUUGUUUAAGAUUUGGGUUAAGACUGUUGCCAAGAUUGAGGGUGUAAAGAUAAAUAGUGUUCAGACAAACUCAUCUAUCUUUUCUAUCACAGACUCUACAAUAAAAGAAAUUAAAGAUAUUUAUAUAACAAAUAUCCCAAUUAAAGCUUUUGAAAUAUUCAAAAGUGAAGUCAUGUUGAUAGAGAAUGUGAACAUGAUUAAUAUUUCGAGAGGGAUUCACUUCUGAGAGUCUAAUGUUACUCAACUUACUCUAAGUACUUUUGAGAGUUGUGGCUCUGAAAAUUUACCAGAAGGAGCUGCAUUGCUUAUCGAACAAAGUAACGCCACAAUCACCCAAUCGGUGUUCCGUAAUAACAAAGCAGACAUGGGAGGAGCAAUCAGCAUCAAGUGAAACAUUGGAACAGCAUGACAUACACUGAUAGUUCAAAAUAAUUUUAGCUCCAAUUCAGCUAGAGUGCAAGGUGGAGCAAUAAAUUAUAACUAUAACCAACCAGAGCUAGUUGGACUUAUUCAUGAAUCAAACUCAGCACCUUAUGGUCCGGACAUUGGAAGUUAUGCAGCUGAUUUUAUUUUCAAGGCAACAAAUACUAGUGUGCUUCAUAUGGACCAGGUUGGAAGUGGGAUUUAUUUGGAUCAUAACAUUGAGAUCCAAAUAAUAGACCAUGAGUACCAAGUAAUGAACCAGAUCAACGAAAAUGUGCUGAGGAUAUCUCCUCAUUGGGGCAACUAUUUUAACCAGCACGCUCCUGAUAAUCUAGGAGUACUUGGAAUUGAUACUGCCAAAAUUGUAAAUGGAGCGGCGAAUUUUAGCAACAUUGCUUUGGUUGCUCCUCCUGGUCAGACUAAUAUUACUUUCCAUCUCUUUUAUUCCGAAUUUGACUAUACUAAAAUUAUAGUUUUGAAUGAAGUUUCAGAAGAUGAAAUAUCUGAACAUUUCCCUCAUAUUGUUGCUAAUUUUAGGUUUUGUCAACCUGGUGAAAUGCAAGCGGAUCAAAAAUGUGUCCAGUGUGACUCCCUAACUUACUCACUUGAUUGGAACCAAACUUACUGAGCAAACUGUGUGAGCAAUGCAGAUUGACUUGGUCAGCAACAAAUUUCUGUACAAAAAGGCUAUUGGAGAAACAGCACUAACUCUACUUCCAUUGUCGAAUGUCUACGCUCUGAAGCUUGUCUUGGAGGUUAUCACCCUGAAAACACUCACCCAGUGAAAUGAUCUGAAGGGUAUUAUGGAGUGUUGUGCUCUCAAUGACAAGUGACUCUUGAUUCAAAGUAUUAUCAAGAAAGAAACUUCAAAUGCACAAAAUGCCCAUCCAAGAUAGUCAAUGCAAUACAAGUUUUCUGUUACCAAAUAUUGGUAUUGAUUUUCCUAUUCGUUAUGAUUAUUGUUAAUUUCAAAAAGAAAGAUGAAAAUCAGCUCUCAAUUUUGAUGAGGAUUUUAACCAACUACAUACAACUUAUUUCGGCAGUAAUGAUGUUUCAGAUUGAUUUCUCUGCGACUAUGAGCCAGAUGUUCAGAGAAAGUGGGCGCGUAAACUCUGCGGACAGUUCAUUUUUCUCAUUCGACUGAUUUCUAGAAGACUAUGAACUCAAGCUUUUUGCUCCCAACACUGUUAUUUUAAAACUGUCUCUCUAUGUGUUUUUACCUCUUAUCAUUUUGGCUAUCAUAAUGACGAAAGCUUUCCUAUUCAGAGUUGUAAUGCACUUUACAAAGCCUUAUAAAUAAGUACUGCAUGAAGCGUUUGUUUGUGAUUUCAGUCCUGUCAAUUAUGAUUUUGAUGCACCCAAAUAUGGUUUAUGAAUCACUCCGAAUAUUCCAGUGAGUAAAAGUAGAUGCAAACGAUUACAGGAUGAUCAUGAACAUGGACAAUCACUGAUAUUCAUCUGAUCAUAUAAAAUGGAUAUUGAUUAUUGGCAUCCCAUUGAUGGCCACUUGGGUAAUAACGUUUCCAGUUUGUAUCAACAUCAUUUUAUAUAAACACAGAGCAAAUCUGCAUGAACACUUUGUUUAUAAAUACUUCUUGAUCGUAUACCAAGGACUCAAACCAUCUAGUUUCUAUUGGGAGGGAGUCAACUCCCUCAGAAAGACAAUGGUAGUUGCGCUAUCAGUGUUCUUGUCAACGUACGAUCCUCACUACAAAGUGUUGUUUUCAAUCGUAUGGCUUUUUGCAAUUCUCAAAAUUCAACAGGCAAUGAAACCUUACAAAAAUAAUGAAAACAAUAAAAUUGACGAGUUAGCUAUAGUUGCAGGCAUUAUUACAAUAUAUUAUGGGAUCGUUUUUAUUCAAGAACAAACUAGAACUCCAGCUCUCAGAUUUUUGAGUCUGUGAGUGAUACUAAUAGGCAAUGCUGCCUUUCUUUUGCAAUGGACCUACCUUGUGUGCAAAGAUCGUAACUAUAGCAACAAAUGUUUCAGAACAUUUAUGAAGAUAUUUGCUUUUGUUUUGUGCAAAGAAUUUGAAUCUCCACUUGUUGAGCCUCGGCCAAAACUCAAAUCAAAGAAAGAUAUCAUUGUUAAGAAAAGAGUUUACGGAAGAAAAUACAAAAGAAACAAAGCCUCAAGAAAAUCAAGAUUCAAACCUAAAUCUGACACUCUCGUAGAGAGUUCAAGGAAGAAUGUUGAAAACUAUACAAAGUUUCCAGGUAUGCAUUGAAAAAUUAUGAUGCAUUCCGUUUUGAGUAAUUUAAGUUUAACAUAG